AUGGCGGAACUUGCCCUCGCCAUCGCGCCUUUGUGCCUAAGUGCCAUCAAGGGGAUUGAUGUUGCCAGAAAAAAGCUGAAAAUCCUCCGAAACCGGGACAAGGAGGUCAAGCGCCUCCGAAAGAAGUUUAAACUCCAAACUGAAGUCUUUCUGGACGAGUGCCAGCUCUUGCUUCAAGAGUUCUUGGACCCAGAAGAGGCUGAAUCUCUGGUCGGGAGCGCUACUCACUCAGGUUGGCAUUCACCGCAACUGGACGAACAGAUCAAGAUUUACCUGGGAAGGAAAUAUGGAAGCUUCCAGGAAACCAUAUCGGAUAUCCGCGAUCAUAUCGCUUGUUUGAGUGACUCGCUCAAUACCACAGAAGGGCAUGGUGGACAAGAAGUGAAAUUGAAAACGUCUGAACGCACGAAGGAGGCCAUCGAUGUCAUGCUGAACAAGUCAAAGUACGAUGCAUCGAUAGAGGGCUUCAAGGAGGCCAACCAAGACCUGAAGAGACUGCGGAAAACUGCAGCCAAUUUGAAAAAAUGCCAACUCAAGGCCUGCACGAAGCGGUCGAGACCUCUCCCAUCGUCUUACCACAAGGUUACCCAGCAUUCCAAGUCCUUUUACGACGCACUGAGGACAUUUUGGUCCUGUUUGCAAUCUCAACAUACGAGUCACGAUGUACGUCUGUUGCUAGACUCGAGGCAUGAUGGAAGUCUUCGAGUCAUAGUACGCUAUCGUACGCAGACAGUUUACGAAGCUCGAGAUGGCUUGUUAGAUCUUCUGGUCCAGUCUCAAACACUGCGUUUGGUCCACAUCAGCAUGCCCGCUGCCCCUGGGAACCCUGCUCUGGGUGCUCAAAUCGAAGAAGAGAGACCAGCUAAAACCAGGAGAGUCAGAUUCUCAGACGACUGCGCUGCCAGCGUAACAACGGCCAAAUCUGAACCGAACACGACAACAUCAUGCUCGUCAAACCAAGCCCAACUGAAUAGCAACACCGCCACAUCUUUAAACCUGUGCUCGUCGGGGGACCUGUGUACGCAACUAUGCUCUCAAGCACAUUCCACCGCCUGCGGCGGCUAUCUCGACACCGCAGACAACCUCAGGCACCACCUGUACCCCGUGUGCGAUCCGAAGGAAUGCUUCAACUCGAGAAGCUUAGGAGAACCCGCCCCGCUGAACCACAUUUUCCGCUUUCCAGUCGAAAAGUCCAUCUCGGUCUCCCAACAAGUCAAACUCGCUCUCCAACUGGUCAAAGGCGUCCUGCAAUUCCACUCCACCCCCUGGCUGCAACCAUACUGGCGUCUGCAGGAUCUAUCCUACUUCCAAGCCACUGAUGGGCUAGCCGCGUCCAUGAGUACACUACACAUCAGCGCUGAGCUCACAGAAAAGCACAAGCAAGCAUGUGAUGCGGUGAUGGCCGAUGCAAACGGCAGCGGUAUGCUAGAUGCCCAGCUCGCAUACGGGAUUCGCAAUCUCACUAUGCACAGUCUCGGCGUGGCCCUGUUGCAGAUCGGACAAUGGGAUCCGCUGAGACCUGACGACAUUGUCGAAUUGCGAAGGGUUGCCGAUCUAGCGGAGCGAGACUCACGCCUGGGGCCGAGAUAUCAGAAAAUUACGCAACAGUGUUUGGAAUGCGAUUUUGGGCAUGGCAAGGAUUUGACACAGAUUGAGUUGCAGAAUGCGAUAUACAGGGACGUGGUGUGUGAGCUAGAGGGAUUGGUAUAUACACUGGAAGGAAAGCUGCCGGUUGCUGAUGGAUGGUCCUGA